AUGGACGAUUACAUAGAAUCGGUAGACGACGAACAAACUGCUUCAAAAUUAAUAAAAGAAGUUUCAAAAAUACAUAGUGAAGGUGGAUUUGAGAUAAGGAAUUGGAUAUCUAAUGAACCAGAAGUUUUAGAGUGCACGCCGAAAGAAACCUUAAGUGAUACGGCCAUAAGAAUAAAAACUGGCUGUGACGAUUUACCCGAACGUACUCUCGGUCUACUUUGGUUCCCGUUAAGCGAUACGUUUUGUUUUGAUUUAUCAUUAAAGCGCAUACCUGAAGAAAUUCUUUAUUUACAGAUAGUACCUACCAGGAGAGAAUUACUGCGCAUAGUUAUGUCUAUCUUUGACAUUCUUGGCUUCCUCGCGCCAUUUACAGUUAAAGCAAAAAUAGUGUUGCAAAAUAUAUGGAAAUCAAAUAUAAAAUGGGACGAUAGAAUACCUGAAAAAGAAAACAAAAUUAUUCAGGACUGGUUUAUUGAAUUACGUCAUCUUCAACGCUUACAAGAUAUGCCCGAAGCAGUGCGGCCGCAAUGA